AUGGCAAGCCGCGGAGAGCUGCUGUAUCCUGAGGACGAUCGUCUAUUCCUAGAAGCCUAUCUGCCUGCAGCCAAACGUCUGUCAACAGACUCAGGCGUGCCNUUUGUUACACUCACCUUCGCAACUUCUCUGGAUUCGGCAUUGUCUCUGGCUCCUGGUGUACAGACGGCUUUAUCAGGCACUGCAAUUGCAGACAACCCGAGUUUGAAUUGCAGAAUUCAAGGCGUCGGUGGUUAUGGUGGUGAAGGCCUGACUGGCCAGCCUCGGCCUGUUGUUAUUGACCCUCACGGAAGAUGGCAGCUGACCUCUGAAACCAAAAUCUUGAAUCUUGCCAGGCAAGGACGAGGUAAAGCGCCAUGGAUUGUGACCGCAAAGGCGCCGGACGCAGAAAAUGCCAAGUUGCUGGAAGAGGUUGGAGGAUGUUACAUUGUUCUCGAGCCACAAGCACAAAAUUCUGAAGGAAAGACAUCAAUCGCUUGGCUCGACAUCAUGCAGACAAUCAAGGAAAAAGGCAUCGACAGUAUCAUGAUUGAGGGAGGUGGCAUUGUCAUCAACUCGCUGUUGUCGGCAGAUAAUGCAAGCCUGGUCAACUCGGUGAUUGUGACCAUCGCACCUACCUGGCUCGGUCAAGGUGGCGUUGUCGUGUCUCCACCCAGGAAAGAAAGCAGCAGUCUGCCGAUUGCUCGUCUUCAACGCACAAAGUGGCAGCAACUUGGCGAUGAUGUGGUUCUUUGUGGAACUAUGAAGGCGUGA